GGCCGGGCGGGAGCGGCGGGGCCCGAUCGCGGCCGGAGCCAGGCCCGAGGCGCGGCCGGAGCCGGGGUCGGAGCCCCCGCGCACUCCCGGUUGGCCGGGCCCGCUCCCGGCGCGAUGCUGCGCUGCAUGCCGCCGCUCUGGCGCUGCAACCGGCACGUGGAGGCGCUGGACCGGCGGCACUGCUCGCUGCAGGCCGUGCCCGAGGAGAUCUACCGGUACAGCCGCUCGCUGGAGGAGCUGCUGCUGGACGCCAACCAGCUCCGGGAGCUGCCCAAGCCUUUCUUCAGGCUCCUGAACCUGCGCAAGCUGGGUCUGAGCGACAAUGAGAUCCAGAGGCUUCCGCCUGAGGUGGCCAACUUUAUGCAGCUGGUGGAACUGGACAUCUCCCGCAAUGACAUUCCAGAAAUUCCUGAAAGCAUCAAAUUCUGCAAGUCCUUGGAAAUUGCAGACUUCAGUGGGAAUCCUCUCUCCAGGCUUCCAGAGGGCUUCACGCAGCUUCGGAGCCUGGGCCAUUUGGCCUUAAAUGAUGUGUCCCUUCAGAGCCUCCCCAAUGACAUUGGGAAUUUGGCAAACCUGGUGACUCUGGAGCUACGUGAGAACCUGCUAAAGACUCUCCCCACGUCACUCUCCUUCCUGGUCAAGUUAGAACAGUUGGAUCUUGGUGGCAAUGACCUGGAAGUACUGCCAGAUACCCUCGGAGCUCUACCCAACCUGCGUGAGCUCUGGUUGGACCGGAACCAGCUCUCAGCCCUGCCUCCAGAGCUGGGCAAUCUCCGCCGCUUGGUCUGUCUGGAUGUGUCAGAGAACAAGCUGGAGCAGUUGCCCAAUGAGGUCAGUGGGCUGGUUGCCCUGACGGACUUGCUGCUGUCCCAGAACCUGCUGGAGUGCAUUCCAGAUGGGAUUGGUCAGCUGAAGCAGCUCUCCAUCCUCAAGGUGGACCAGAAUCGGCUGACAGAGGUGACAGAGUCAAUUGGGGACUGUGAAAACUUGUCAGAACUCAUCUUGACGGAAAACAUGCUGACAGCCUUACCGAAGUCCCUGGGCAAGCUGGCCAAGCUGACAAACCUGAAUGUGGACCGGAACCGGCUGACGUCCCUACCUGCUGAGAUUGGAGGUUGUGCCAACCUGAACGUGCUGUCCUUGCGGGACAACCGCCUGGCCCUCCUGCCCCCAGAGCUUGCCAACACCACCGAGCUUCACGUCCUGGACGUGGCUGGGAACAGGCUGCAGAACUUGCCGUUUGCGCUGACAAAUCUCAACCUGAAAGCCCUGUGGUUGGCAGAGAACCAGUCCCAGCCCAUGCUGAAAUUCCAGACGGAGGAUGAUGAGAAGACAGGAGAAAAGGUUCUCACGUGUUACCUGCUUCCCCAGCAGCCCUCUCCCAGCCUAGAGAAUCUUUUACAGAACAGUGUGGAUGAGAGCUGGACGGACACCAACUUAAACAGAGUCAGUGUGAUUCAGUUCCUGGAUGAACCCAAAGGAGAUGAUGAAGAGGAAUCAGGAGCUGAGAGACGGGGCCUGCAGCGCCGAGCAACCCCUCACCCCAGUGAGCUGAAGGUUAUGAAGAAGGUGAUGGAGGUGCGGCGCAGCGAGGUGUGUGCUGCCAAGCCUGACGCCAACAGGAAUUCCCCCAGCUCCGAGGAGAGGAGGCUGAGCGCCCUGUCGAACCGCAGCGAGGAUUCCCACCUUUCCAACAGCACCGCCUCUGCUGACUGCAGGGGAGAGGAGCUGGGAGAGGACGGGGACAGGAGCUGGCCAAACGGGCAGGAUGUGAGGGACCUGGAGAGGGAGGUGAAGCCCAGGGCUGAAGGGGAGCAUAAGGAAGCUGCUGACCAAGAGGAGGAAGAUGUGGAAGUGGAAUACAAUGAGCCCACUGUACACUUUGCUGAGGACACACUGAUACGGAGUGAGGAUGAGGAUGAAGAUGAAGAGCGACCAUUCCCAGUGGAGAAACAGCGGCUCAUCCGCAAGGACACACCCCAUUAUAAGAAACACUUUAAGAUCACUAAACUGCCCAAGCCAGAGGCAGUGGUGGCACUGCUCCAGGGACUGAGCACUGAUGGAGUCCCCAUAGAGGAAGAGGAGUUGGGAGGCUGCAACAACAACAUGGAGCCCGAGGAUCUGGAGGAAGCCUGGGAUGAGGAUGACAGGAAGAAUGGAGUUUUAUGUGCUCAGCCAUCAGUGAAGGGGGUGUCGUUUGAUCAAGCCAAUAAUCUGCUGAUUGAACCUGCUCGCAUUGAGGAGGAAGAGUUGACACUGACGAUCGUGCGGCAGACGGGGGGGCUGGGCAUCAGCAUCGCGGGGGGCAAGGGCUCCACCCCCUAUAAGGGUGACGAUGAGGGCAUCUUUAUUUCCCGUGUAUCAGAGGAGGGUCCUGCAGCUCGUGCAGGGGUUCGUGUUGGGGACAAGCUUCUGGAGGUGAAUGGCGUGUCCCUGCACUGUGCGGAGCAUCACGUGGCAGUGGAAGCUUUGCGUGGAUCGGGAAGCUCCGUGUCCAUGACCGUCCUGCGGGAGAGGAUGGUGGAGCCAGAGAACGCCAUCACUGUCACAGCGCUGCGCCCUGAGGAUGACUACAGCCCUCGGGAGAGGAGGGGUGGCCUCCGCUUUCCGGAGCGGCCUGAGGGAGCAGCUCCCACCGAGAGAUACUCCACCUGCCUUGUGCGCAAUGAGAAGGGCCUGGGCUUCAGCAUUGCUGGCGGCAAAGGCUCCACACCCUACCGCGCUGGUGACACGGGGAUCUUUAUCUCACGGAUCGCAGAGGGCGGCGCAGCCCAUCGGGACGGGAUCCUGCAUGUAGGAGAUCGGGUCAUCUCGAUCAAUGGGGUAGACAUGACAGAAGCCAGGCAUGAUCAGGCAGUAGCGCUGCUUACCGCAUCCUCCCCCACCAUCGCGCUGCUGGUAGAGAGACAGGGUGCGGAGCAGCUCAGCGAUGGAGAUGCGCCUGGCGCAGCACGGGCACGGAUGCACUCGCCACCACCGCCCCCCGGCCCUGGCCCCGGGGACAGCCCGCAUGAGGAUGCGCCAGCGCCGCCAAGGAACCACCUCUCCAAAGGGAUGGAGGAUCAGUAUCCCAUCGAGGAAAUUCACCUUGUGAAGGCAGGUGGUCCCCUGGGACUCAGCAUUGUUGGAGGCAGUGACCAUUCAAGCCAUCCAUUUGGGAUUCAUGAACCUGGUGUCUUCAUUUCAAAGGUGAUUCCCCGUGGACUGGCAUCUCGCAGUGGGCUCCGGGUAGGGGACAGGAUCCUGGAGGUAAAUAGCAUUGACCUGCGCCAUGCUACCCACCAGGAAGCAGUCAAUGCCCUGCUCUCCAACACCCAGGAGCUGACCAUGUUAGUGAGGCGAGAUCCACCACCACCGGGUAUGCAGGAAAUAUGCAUUGAAAAGGCUCCAGGAGAAAAGCUGGGCAUCAGCAUCCGGGGUGGAGCAAAAGGUCACGCUGGAAACCCGUUUGAUCCCACUGAUGAAGGCAUCUUCAUUUCUAAGGUGAGCUCCUCUGGGGCUGCGGCCCGGGAUGGCCGUCUGAAGGUGGGAAUGCGGAUCCUGGAGGUGAACCAUCAGAGUUUGCUGGGAAUGACACACACGGAAGCUGUGCAGAUUCUCCGAAGCGUGGGUGAUGCACUCCUCGUGCUGGUGUGUGAUGGCUUUGAUCCCAAGGCUGCAGCUGCCAUUGAGAUGUCCCCAGGAAUUAUUGCAAACCCUUUUGCUGCUGGUAUUGGGCGCAAGAAUAGCCUGGAAAGUAUCUCUUCUAUUGACCGGGAUUUAAGCCCUGAAGAACUGGAGAUCCUACAGAAGGAGAUGGAAAUGGUGAGAGAAGCAACUCAGUGGGAGAGAGAAGAAAUGGAGAAAGUGGAGUGGAUGCGUAGGGAGCGGGAGGCAGCCACCCAGCAGCUUGAGGAGGAGGCAGAGAACAUCACCAGUGAACCUUUGAGGCUGGACUACCGGACCCUGGCUGCUUUGCCCAGUACUGGCCUACAGAGAGUCAAUCGCACUGCUCCUGCGGGCGAGUCGGGGAUGGGAAAUGCCAGGCGUGAACCCCCCUAUUCUCCUUGUAACCAGCAGACGCCUGCAGCCCCUCGGCCUGCUCACCUGGCAGGCAGGGAGACCCGCUUUGCUUCCAUUAACUUCAUUACAUCUCAGGAUGACAGUAAAUCUACCAAGCCAGGCGUCAUUCAGCCUCUUUCCCGAGUGCGACAAAAUGCUGCCUCGCAUAAUUCGGAGGACGGGGACAGCCCCAAUCCCUUCCAACAACCUGAGCUGUGCUUCAGUAUCCAGAACUCUCAGAAGCCACCUUCACCACCUUCUCCAGAUGAGAUCCCCUUCAAUGUCAAGCAAGCAUACAAGACCUUUGCAGCAGUGCCGUUGUCACAUCCUCUGCUCGAGACACAGGAACUGCCUGGUCAGACCAGCACAGAGAAUCCCAAAGCUGCCCUGGAGGUGACCACGCAGAGCCCCAGCGGCCUGCCCAGCCCUGAGCAGAGGUCCUUCCGUGAGAGGCAGAAGUACUUUGAAAUUGAGGUGAAGCAGCAGCAGAUGGACAAACCUCCCAAGCGUGUCUCCUUGGUGGGAGAGGAUGACCUGAAGAAAAUGAAAGAAGAGGAAGCUCGAAAACUGCAGCAGAAACGUACCCUUCUGUUGGAAGAAGAAGCAGAAGAGGACGAGGUGGUGAAACAGGUGCCUGAGAUGAGCAUGCAGUCCAGUGUCAUCAUUGAAGGAGUUGAGUACAAGAUUGAGAGACUAAAUGGAAGGAACAUCCAGGCUCCAGCAACUCGGCCCUCUGAGGUCAAUGAGAACAACAGCUCACAGAGGAGUUCACUGGAAGAGGGAAUCAAGCCUGAACAGAGAACCAACUCUGUGUCUGGGUUGAGUCUGUUAUACCUUGGGGCAGGGGAUCCAGUGGCACCGGUGAGGACAGCCAAAGCUGAGCGGCGGCACCAGGAGCGGCUGCGAAUGCAGAGUCCUGAGCUUCUGAGUGGUCAAGAGAAGGAGCUUUCUCCAGCAGAACGUCGUGCUCUGGAGGCAGAGAAACGAGCCAUGUGGAGAGCAGCACGAUCCUCAGCUCUUGAAGACAGUAUUAAACAGUACGAGCAGGAUCUGGCCAGGAAGCUGUACCAGUCCCGACAGUGGGCUCCUGCUCCUGGGGCCAGGCCAGCUCAGAUGUCUAGCAGGAUGAAAUCACUUGAACAGGAUGCUUUGAAAGCCCAAAUGGUUAUUGCCAAGUCCAAGGAGGGGAAAAAGCGCAGCACACUGGAGCAGCUGGCAGAGUCACCUUCACCUGUCCCCACCCCAUCACCAACACCACUGGAAGAUUGCAGUCCCAGAAACAUCACUUCACCAGGAAGGCUGUCCAUGUCUGAAAAGAAGUUUGACUACCGGGAAUUUGCUGCUAUUCCUUCCUCCAAACCUGUUUACGAAAUCCAGUCACCUGAUGCAGCUGAUGACCUCAGAUACGUAGAUGACAGAAAUAACUCAGUUCCCCAGGAGCAGGAUGGGCAGCCAGAGGAAGAGGAAAUGUUACUGACACGCGAUUCAUCAACACCUACUUCAUCAGCACUGGAAGAAAUGGCCCUGUACAGCAGCAAACGCAAACUCCGACACAGCCGGCGCAGCUUGGAGGCUGCUGUCCCCACGUAGAAGAUCUGAUGGACCCGGGCAAUGGAAUAGCCCAGCACAGGCCUCUUGAGCUUCCUGUGCUCCAGGGGCAGCACUGGACUGCCCACACUGCUGCCUCCUGGACUCUAGAUGGGAACUGAGCAUCCCAGGGAGCACUGUGGUCAACUAACUUCCUUUAAGGCUGUGAACCGCCCUCUUUUCUCACCCAAUGAUGCACUGGGGCAUGUCCUGAAAAAAAUGGGACAACACUAGGCUUACUGAUGGCAAAUUGAGAGGAGGUGUGGGUAGGACCGUGGGCAGCUGCAGCUUGUUAGCCUGUAAAUAGUGUGUGUGGGGAAAGGGUAGGACAGGGAGAAUAUGAGUGUGAGAGUGUGUUGGGUUCCAGCUGUUACUUCCUCAACCUGGAUUUUUUAGUGGUUUACUGUGGGAGCUUCUCCUCUGGCAUGAGUUAGAAGGAAGGUCCAGCCUGCCGUUGCUCCUACUUAAUUUCCAGUCUUUUGCCAAAAAGCAUCUCCUCCCACCUCUGCCCCUGUGUCACCUCACUUGGUUUUGGGAGUGUGUGGAAAUGGGUGGCUUGGAGGCAAAAAGAAGUAAAAUAAAGAAAAAAACAAAAGGAAUUCCAGUGAAAUGCCUCCCUCUGACAUUGGUGCCUGUGUGCUCAAGCAAAGACAACCAACUGAGCAGGAGCCUAUGCCAGCUCUGUGCCACUUGACUCUGUGAGCACAGCAACCUGUCCUGCAUAGGAGACUGCUCCUGCCAGCAUUUUGUGCUAUCCCGGUGGACAGGUACUACCUGGGUGUACACAUAAGGUGUGUAUCUUGUGCGUGCAGUGUGAACCUCUCAACAAGCACACUGACUGAGUGUCAGAGGAGGCCAGGUAUCCAUCUUCUGUCAGCACUGGAACUGAUCUGGGGCAGAAAUGAGAGAGGAGCCGAGCAGCUGUAGCAGAGUGUAGCAGUGUGCAUGUGUGACAGCAGUAGAGAGCAGAGUAGUUGGGGAUUAGGUUACAGUGGCAGAGGUAGGAGGUGUAAACAGCAGAUAAGAUAGUGGGUUAGGAUUCAGGAAAUGGCGAAGGAUAGGAAGUGGAGUUGCUGGGGUCAGGUUAGGAGUAAAGGGGUCUUACAGGUAGGAGGAUACUGGUGGGUGACUUAUCUGCUAGCUGUGAAGUGAAAUGUGACGUUACGGAGCGCCCAGCUUGGGGCUCUUGAGGAGCAGAGUGAAGUAGGAUGGGUCUGGCCUAUACCUUGCAAUAACUACACAGUUCUACUCUUAGCCAACUUGUUGGCUUCAGACCCCUUUCCAUGUGGAACAGGGGGGAUACAUGCUUGCCCAGGCAGGAGGGAGAAAAUGAAAAUGAGCAGGGUGUGAUUCCCAGUUUCCAUGGGUGGAACAAGGGCUGUGAACAGAUUCUGUAUCAAGUGAGCUCUGCAGAUGUGGAGGAGACAGAUGCUGCUGAUAGUGUUGAAAUCGGUCUCUGCUGCCCACUACUGAAAUAAAAUAUCCCCCUUUUUUUGUUUUCUGUUUUUCUAAUGCCUCUAACAGGGAGAAAGGUGCCCGAGCUUGACAGGGACCCGACCUGUCCAACCUGACACAUUGGUGCUCCCUGCUGAACCCCUCCAGCAGUAAGACCAGAGUUGGACCUUAAGCCUUUCGGUGGCUUGGGAGUGACAGGCACUUCUGCUUGUAUAUGUGCAGAAUGAAAGAACUGGAUGCAGUUUUUCUUUUAGUUGAUACUCUCCCUUCAUGCCAAAAUCCAGUGGAUCAUUUUAACUGAUUUUGUAUGUUUUGAUUUUACAGAGCUUUGAAGGGGGGACUGUGAUAAUCUCAAACCGCAGCUGUGGCUGCUUCCAUCAUCAGCAAUUUGAGCUUUUCCUUUUUAAAUCUAAUUUUAGCAUUUGCUUUUUAACAAGAGCAAUUUUGGAAACAAUCCUGGAUUGGGUUUGGUGACUAACUUGUGAUUCUCUCUUUCUUUCUGUUUGCGGUACCUGGUGCCAGGCUCUGGGUUCUCUCCCAUUCUCUCCUGAGAGCCUCUGAGGGAAAAUUAGCGCAUCAAGACUGUAACUAGUGAAAUUUGUACAACCAAAGAAAUCUAUUUUGUGGUUCAAGGAUAAUAAAGUUUACUUUACAUUUUA